AACCCCAGAACCGCAGGCAAAUAUUUGUGAUUAAAGGUACAAAUAUUUGCCCGCGCUGCGAAUCGAACCCAGAACCUCAGGAUUGCGGACGGGCAUUGUGGUAAUAAUUUUGGCUUUAAUUGGCUGCGCGACCUAUAAUGGUACAGCAAUUGUAACUUUUUGUAACCCUAUAUAUUUAUAUAUGGGAUUACAAAAGCAUUUUUUAUGCAAUUGGCGUAUCUUGACAACUAGACUGAAAUUUGCAAAAUAUUUUAAGUUUUUCCUUGAUUUGUACAUUAAUUAAACACUAAUUGUAGGUAUUCUAAAUUUGAAGCACUUUUUUUGAACACUUAUUAGUACUUACUAAUUCCAUGGCUAGAAGUGACUUGAUGAUCGGUCUAGCGAGUGAGUGAGUAGACCGCAAGAGUACCUACUCGUGACCCCAUGAUUAUAUGUACUCCGGAUUCGUUUUCGAUUCUAUGAUACAUUUUUUUUGUUCUCGCAGGUUUUGACUUCUUAGUGCUUACCUAACUACUUACAAACCUAAGCAAACCCUCUUACUAAGUUUCAGGAUUUGAGUCAGCAUCCUUUUUUUCUUUAAAUUUGUUCUUGUAGAUAUAUUUUACUUCAGUUUACUCCUUACCUACUUGUAUCGUUGUGGAAACGCUUACAACACAUAUACACACGUUUGAACGAGAUAAAAAUAUACGUCUAAUAAUAGUACCCAUCCCAGUAGAUAUGUGCCGGUAGUGCUGUUUCAUUAGAUUUCACUUCUUAGAUAAUAUUUUAUUGAACAUCAACAUUGAGUAUCAGCCCAGGCCUCAUUUUGUGUGAGAAAUAUAAAGGUGAACAUGUUUCGCGAUUCACAAACUGUGAAUUGUCCAGAUUGUGACACUCGUCAUAAACAGCCAAGAAAGUUGGAGAGUUUAUCCCUUAGCAAAUUGGGCGAUUGGGUAGCAUUACAAGCAGAAAUAAACAUGAUUCCUAUAGCUGCUUUAGCUCAAAAAAAUAUUAAUGGUGCACAUGAGACAUUAGCGAAUCAUGUUAAUGUUGUUCGAAGCCGUCUAAGAAGUAACGUACCUUGGAUGCUUCACGACUUGUUAGCUCAUGAAGUAAUAAGAGCAUUGUCAGAUCUUCUGGAAAAAACUAAAAGAUCUUUGGGUUUCAGAGGUUCGAUGGGAAAGUUUGUUAGUCAGAUUAAUGUUAUCGUUGUUAUGGCUGAAGUGUUAUUCACAAAAUAUUUUACAUUUCUUUCUAUUGAUAAUAUUCCUAAAAUGUUACGACAUAGCUUUUAUUCUAAAUUGUUUAUGCUCAAAGGACUCGUGUACUUGAAUCUUGGCUCGCUGUCUGGUGGCUGGAAAACAGCAGACAUGGAGGAGGCUGUUAUAAAAUCUUUGCAAGAACUGCAUCGCUUAAAAUAUCUUUUUAUAAAUUAUGACUGCACUGAUAAUAUUCUGAAAUGCAUUGCAGAAAAUUGUAAGCUGAUCGAAAAAUUAGAUAUCUCAUGUUCCAAAUGUAUAACAAAUGAUAGUAUUCACAUAAUAUCGAAAUUAAAAAAAUUGAGAAGCAUUCAGUUAUAUAGAACAUUUGUUACUGCCGAGGGUUUUAUAACACUGCUCUUAAGGUGUAAAAACUUGGAGGAUAUCGGAAGAUGUGACGAAAUUGGAUCUAUAUUAGAAAACAUUAACAUAUCUAAUUGGGAAGAACGAGUUUUUAAUUUAAAAGUAUAUGUUAGUAGAUAUUCGACACUUCAUCAGUUACAGCUAGCUGUGGAGAUGUGUCCCUAUAUACGAAGUAUGACCGUGUUUCAUAAUACUUUACAGAGUGAUUUAAUGGUUCUUGUUGGACUGAAAGAUCUCCGAGAGAUGAAACUAUUGUCAUGCGAUUUCUAUGCCGAUCAAAUCAAACAAGUUCUACAUGUAAAAGGUUGCAAUAUUACAAGUUUACACCUUGAGCAUGUGGAUCAAAUAGAUUUGAAUGCUUUAAUGUACAUUAGCCAAAUGUGCCCUUUGUUGGAAAACUUCACUCUAUACAACUGCACGCUUAUACAACAUACUUCAUUGUAUACUAAGAAACUAGAAAUAUUACCUUUUAGAAACUUAAAGAGAGUAACCAUUAUUUCCACUUGUACUGAUGCACAAUUAUUAUUUAUACUAACAAACUGUUUGAAUGCCGAAUUUAUUCAUAUAGGAACAGCUAUUCAACUUUCAGAUGAGUUUAUUUUUAAUAUAUUGGAAAAAAAUCCAUUUAUUUAUUUAAAAGAAUUGCGUGUAAUGCAAUCCGAUUUCUUAACACUUAAUUCAGUAGAGCGUAUAAUACAAACGUGUAUGAGUUUAGAGGUUUUAGUAGAGCUUGAAAGUUGGUCUUUACUAUCUGAAAAUGAUCGACAUUAUAUAAGAGAUUACAUCAGGUUAAACAAUUUGAAGUUAGAUAUUGCACCUAUUCGAAGAUACGAUGUGUAAUAAUUAAUACAUGCAUUUUUUUUACCAAUUUAAACGUUAAUUACAUUUAAUUAAACAGUAAGUCACCUCAUAUGAUAGAUGGCUGAAUGUCGCCUAAGCUUUUACAAUGCGCCUAGAAAAAAUGCCGUGUACUUAAGUAUACGUACAUACCCAAAAUUUUAAUUUCAGCGCACAGACGGGGACUCUGUAUUUGAGAUUUUGUGAAAAAAGGUGGAAAACUGGCAUUUUGCGAUUAUUAUUAAUUUUAAUGCAACAUGCAAAGGGUCACCUGCGUUUUCAUACAUAAAAUGUCUCUGAAUCAUGUACAUAACAAACGUGAGAACAUUGUAAUUAUAUGUUUAGUGAAAAGGGACCAAUUACCAACGCUUAGAAUUGAAUUACUUAUAUAAUGAUUUAGCUUUCGCCCCGUUAAUAUCGUUCCUUCGGGAACAGAGGAGCUACAAUGAAAAAUAAAACACGUAGCACAGUUCAGCCUUCAGUUCCAUACAAUACUAAAAAUAUUGCUCCAUUAAUAACUAUGUAACUGACAACUAAAUCUCUGGCUAUUACAGUUUAAACUUUCAAAAUGUGUUGCCCAACAAUUUGAUUUUUGUAAGUGAAUAUUGAAUUGUUUUUUUUUCCAAUAAAUGUGAAUAAAUUCAA